GGUUGGUUCAUAGUUUCAAAACCUCAGGUAGUAGAACACUUUUAUUGUGAUAGAAUGUGACCGGAUCUGUAUCGCCCCUGCCGAGUCGUCGAACUGUGGUAUUGGUCGAUCUAGAUGUAUUGAGGCUAUGUGGAAAGUAGUAAUGUCGGAAGAGGUUGCUAAGGCGGUGCAGUCCGUUGUGGACAGGGUAAAUCAGGCGGCUGCCCGUCGCCCGAAGACACUGCCAUGUGUGGCACCACGUCUUGUUGCUGUGAGCAAGACAAAGCCACCUGAGAUGGUGGUGGAGGCCUACCAGCAGGGCCAGCGGAACUUUGGAGAAAAUUAUGUAAAUGAGCUUGUGGAGAAAGCUUCUCAUCCCCAGAUUUUGUCAUCUUGCCCGGAAAUUAAGUGGCAUUUCAUUGGUCACCUACAGAAGAAUAAUGUCAACAAACUUUUAGGUGUUCCUAAUAUAUUUAUGGUGGAGACUGUAGACUCAGCGAAGUUGGCCGACAAAGUUAACAGUUCCUGGCAAAGGAUACGAGCGGCUAACACUCAGAGGUUAAAGAUCAUGGUCCAGAUCAAUACCAGUGGUGAAGGAAGCAAACAUGGGCUGCCACCUACAGACACAGUGAAUACGGUCAAACAUAUUGUUUCUAAAUGUCCUACCCUCGACUUUGCUGGGCUUAUGACCAUUGGUCGAUAUGGAUAUGAUCUCAGCGAAGGUCCCAACCCAGAUUUUCAGAUGCUGCUGAAAUAUCGAAAGGAAGUAUGUGAGACUCUUCAGAUGCCAGAAGAGGAUGUAGAGCUUAGUAUGGGCAUGUCAACUGAUUUUGAGCAUGCGAUUGAAGUGGGCUCAACCAACGUUCGGGUGGGUAGUGUUAUUUUCGGUCAUCGAGAAUACCCUAACACUCCGGACACAAGUCCGGAGAAGAAGACAAAGGUUGUGACCGAAGAAGCUGCCAAGAAGUUGGAACACCUUACUGUGACCGGACAGUGAACACGCCAUAAAGAGCCCUGCACACACACAUACACACAGACUGAAACUCAUCAAAACACAGAAAACCACCACCUAACAAAAUGCAUCCAUCUUGUGUCUUAAAAUGUAUUUAUAUUUUACUAGUCUCAACUAGACAAUCCAUUUUUGAGGAACGUUGUUAAACUUAAAAUCAAAUAAAGCUCAAACCUUCAAGUUAACCAGUCUUUUUGUUCAAAUAUCUCAGCAAUGUCUGAGGUUAACAGGAUGGUUGAAUUCUUGGAUAGUUAUGGUCUAUACAUUGUAUAAAAUUGCAUAAAUGCCUCUAUUUUCAUCUUGUGCCAGUAACAGUUGCAGUUCGAACAUCCUUGCUGUUUAUGUAAGUGUUUUUAGGUCCAGUUACUGUUUGAAAUGAAUUCGUUUUUUUUUUUUUUUUAAAUACAUAUGGAUUCGCUAUAUUAAGUUGUGGUAACAAUCCUAAUAACACCCUCUCCUCUCCGUGAGUUGACUGAGGAGUUGACAGUCACAGCUUUGACUCUUCUGAGUCAAAGAUAUGUGGUCUUGAUAAGAUGUGUGUCAACAUUUAUAUAUAAAAUUUAUACUAUAAUAAUGUUCUGUCAAACAGACAAAAUAUUGUUUUGAGAGUAACGGACAUGAAAUGGUGUGUUUGUAAUCUAAAUGUCAUUGAAAAAACUGAUGUCCAUUAAGUGCGGCCAUAUAAUGUAUGCCAAGUUUAUAAGAUUAUGCAUUUCUCUAGAGGUCUUCAUUAUGCCACCUUAGGAAAUAAGUCAUGUUACCAUUGCGCAUAGAUGGGUAUUGAGUUCAGCUUUACUGAGAUAUCCAUCUCUGUGUGAGGAGCUGGACUCAAAUAAGGAUGCAGUACAGAUCCAAGCAAAGCAUGCUCUCAGAGUGGCUGUACACAGGCCUCAGUGGGUGUAAACACAAGAUCGAGUAGUCAGACAUAGCGAAACACUCCUAUGCAACUCCAUAAUGGGUUAGAUAAGAUGACACGUAGCUGCAUCAUUAAAUGUUGUAUAGUUUUGUAUAGGAUUUAUUUUUGUGUGUGUAGGGUUCUUUUACCUACUGUUUAAAAUAUAUCAUAGGGAAAUAAAUGACAAAGAACAUAUCUCCAGUCUUUGAAAAUACUCAUUGAUCAAACAUAUUAGAGCUAAACAGCACUUAUUUUGUUACAAACAAGUAUUUCAUGAUGGGUUAAUUGAGUCUUAUUCAGUAUGGUAGCAUUCCACCAUCAAAAAAACAUAAGCAAAUUUAAUUAGGAGGACCUUUAUUUAACAUUUUUUUUAUAAGAAAUCUACAACAUGGACUUGCACUCUUAGAUGCAAGAGUGAGCUUUUCCUUCAUUUGAAAUAAAUGUGUUUAACCUG